AUGCAAUACUGUGUUAUUGGACCCAACGAUUUUGAAUUCGUGAAAGUAACUCAAAAAAGAAUCAGUGUCUUGCAUCUAAGCAAACAAACCGAGUAUAAUUACGAUGUAGUGAAGAAAUUGGUUGGCCAGGGUCUGUUGUAUAUCAGGAUUAAAGUGGGCUUUGAAUUCGUGGUAAACGAAAACCAUGCAUCCAAUUCUGACUCUGAGCUGCUGCAAGUUGGAGCCCAGGAGACUAGCACCAUCCCAGCAACUCUAAUGGAACUUCUGGCAUAGUCCCUAGCACCUCCAAUGGAACUUCUGGCAUUGUCCCUGGCACCUCCAAUGGAACUUCUGGUAUUGUCCUUGACACCUCUGAUGGCAAUUCUGGUAUUGUCCCUGGCAACUCUAAUAGCAGUUCUGGCAUUGUUCCCAAUGUCUCUAAUGGAACUUCUGGCAUCAUCCCCACCACCUCCAAUGGAACUUCUGGAAUUUUCCUCAGCACCUCUAAUGGUAAUUCUGGUAUUGUCUCUCACAGCUUAGCAGCCGUCCCUGGCAUCUCUGCUCUCUAUAACAGCCAUGUACAACAAGAGGAGGAGCAGAAAACAGAAAGUCCAUAUGACUUCUUUAGCCGAGUUGUUAAUGAGCUCCCAGAAGACAUAAUGGAACCAACUGAGAUGCUUAGAUAUCUGCAGAAGAAAAUUGUUUCUGGAAGACCGUUAGAGGUAACCAAUUCAUCACGAAUCCUAGAAGGAGAGACCAAUUUUAUAACUGUAGAUAGACAUAAUAUUCUGGAAACUACAUUUGAGGAGCUAAAGCAUGUAGCUGAUCCAAGGGUCACCUUUGAAGUUCAGUUUUAUGGUGAGCAAGCUGUUGAUAGUGGUGGGCCUCGCAAGGAAUGGAUCCGACUUUGCAAUCACAAGAUUAAAGACAUUUACUUUGAUAAUGGCUUCAAAGAGCACAUGUCUGAAGAUUACUAUUACAUUGGUCAAAUGGUCUGUAUUGCCCUGCUUCAAAAUGACCAGUUGCCUGUGUACAUACCUGAAGAAAUACUGCAGGCAAUUUUUGUUGAAGAUCUGGAACUGCCUUCUUGUGUCAGGGAGCUCAUAGGUGGAAUGGAUACUUUAGGAAUUCCCAUGUUUGGAAGGAAAUUUCCUAUGCUUCUUUAUCUUCUGAGGCAAUCUAGCAUUCAUCAAUCUAGCAAUCAGUUUAUCAGUUCGACAUCUUUUGUUCUUGUUGAAACCAGAAUUCUCAGAGGAAGGAUCCAACAUGUUCAUUCAUGA